AUGAGCAACUUCUUCGACGUCAGUGACAGCGAUGAGAGCCUGGACGAGGUCAUUCAUCAAGAUGAGCAGGUUGAAAAAAAGGUGGCCCAGAUUGACCCCAAGUGGUUUGAGGUGUCUGAUGACGAGGAUGCAGAUGAAAGGCACGUUGUUCUCUCUCGAAAUGAGAAGUCGUUGAACGAAAUUCAAACCAUAUGCGACCUUUUUGACUUUAAUGUCGAUCAAGAGUCUUGGUUUGAAGCAGAAAAGUCCUUUGUGCAGCUCCAGCAGAAAGGGGCUACACAUAAAGAAAAAUUCAAAUCAGCUCCUUGGCCACUUUUGGAGUGUCUUCGAAACACCCCGGACCUCUCCGAAAAAAUGGCUGAGAAGGAAGCCUUUAAAAAGCCAGAAGAUUUCUACAGUCUGAAAAAGUUAAUCAAAGCCUUUGAAGAAAUGAAUGAGAUGUACAAGGAUGAUAUCGAAAGGUUACAUGAUGAAGAAAGUGAAGAAAAUGAGGACGAUGGAAACAAUGGCGGGGAGGAAAAGGAGCUAACUGAGGAGAGCAUUACACAGGAGCUGCAGCAAUCGAUGACUCAAAAAGGAAAGAAUGCUUCCAGAUGUCAAAAGCUAGCUCAGGAAUGCAAGAAAAAAGGCUACACAGCGCUUCACAUUACAGCAUUGGGCAUUGUUGCAGAUGCCCUGCUGGAAGAAGAUAACCGGCUUCCUUACGUUACAACAACUACCUGGACAAAGUCUUGUAACACUGUCAACGCAUGCUAUAAUCUUGUAACUGAAAAUCCCGCGAUAGCGGUCAAGGAGGACUUUUCCGUCGCUCUCACAAGUAACCGUGCGUGUAUUUCAGGUGGUUUGUGUGGUCUUCUGCAGAAGCUGCAUGUGCAUUUGCAACGCAUUGCACAAUUCAAGGUUGGCGCCACAGUGGACUACUUUGAAAUUAUCCAAUUGGAGAACCGUCUAGUGGAACUCACAGACACCAUUCUUGGAUACUAUCAGCAACGCAGGCGAGGAAAGAUGAUUUGUUGCCAAAUUCUUAUUGACAUCCUGGGUGCAAGACGGCAGAAGGCUCAUGAUAUCCUCUAUCAGAAAAUGGCUAGUCCAUGCCACAAUGUGGUUACUAGCUCAGUCAUUGAAACGGUGCGUGAACUUUAUCGAGAGCUCCUAUUUUUAGGAGACGAAGAGAUGAAGUGUCGUGCUCUCCUAAACCUUGCAUAUCAGAUGGGAUUGGAAGGACAGUAUCGUGAAGGACGAGACCUCGUUCUUCGGUCCGGAGUGGAGGGAACCGUAGAAAAGUCUCUACAUCUUGCCAUUCUCUACAACCGAGUUAUUGCACAGCUGGGUUUGGCCUCCUUUGCUGCAGGUGACAUUAUGCAAGCCUACAACCUUCUCAGCUCCUUGUGGUCUAAUAGAGACCACGACGUACUGAUUAGCCAGCGCCUUCCAGAUUUUGUUAAAGAUAACGAAGAAGAGGAGCUGAAGUUUCGUGACUUGCUGGUGGCUCCACAUGCCUACAUUCCUCACGCGCAACUGGAACUAGCGACAAUGCUUUCUACUCUCGUGGUAGACACGACGAAAGAAGCCAAGAGGCCCUACGAAGGCAGUCGUCAUCAGAGCUACUUCUUCAGGGUGAUCAACCAAAUGUCUUAUCAACCAUUGCUGGGCGAGCCUGUGGAGUUCAGGGAGCAAGUUACUGCCGCUUACACUGCCCUUAAGUUGGGCGAUUAUGCAAAGGCCAGUGGGGUUGUCAAGAACAUGAGCGCAUGGUCGACGAUGCCAAACGGUGAUAAUGCGUUAAAAGUCUUCUUGCAGCACCUGAAAGAAGCAGCUCUUCGUAUCUUCUGUUACAAUAACCGGUGCAAUUUUGCCACAAUCUCCGUGGAUAUGAUGAUGAAGAAGUACGAGCUAACUGAGAAUGAAGUAAAAUGCGUCAUCAACGAUAUUAUCUCAGAAAACAACAGUUCUCUGGUAGCUUUCUGGGACAAGGAAGACAAAUAUCUCCACGUGGACAGAAGCAACACUUCUCGGCUUCAGUAUCUGGUGGAGGGAAUCACAGAAAGCGUGGUGGAGGUUGCACAGUACUCGGAGAGGCGUGUACGGGACAGUGAAUUCAGAGGAGGACGUGGGCGCGGACGCGGGCGUGGACGUGGCAGAGGAGGUCGUUAA